GACCGAACUAUAAAUAUUAUUGAAUGUGCUAUAGGAUUAUUGAACAUUGUCCGUUUAAAAAAUCUAGUUGUGUUGUUUAGUGAUAAUUGUCGUGCCUUAUUAAUUUAUUUUAGAAUUUUUAAAAAGGAGAUUACAUAGUCGAUUAGCUUAGUUGGCUUAUUCAGUUAAAAUGGAGGGCUUAUAUAAAAUUAAUUUGGUACCGUGCGAUCUGAGUACAGAAGAGACUAUACUGCAAAUAGCAGACACCCUUGACAAUCUGAACGGGAUAGUCGAAGAUGUGUUCGCGCGUCUGAAUCUCAGAAUAGAACAGAAUAAAGAAAAAGCGUUGAAGCUUUCGCAGAGAGUAGAAUUAUCAAAAGCUAAGGUUGAGAAAUUGACGGGCAUUCAGACGGCGAUCAAAGUGUUCUCGAGCGCCAAGUAUCCCGCGUCAAUCACGCAUGAACACUACCAAUCCAUAUUUGACCUGAACGGAUACAAGCAUAAGCCUCAAAAGGUUACUCUGAGCAGGAAAUCUCAGGGGAUAGCCAAUGACAAAGAAGUCCAGGAAAGGCUCCACUUCUUCCACGUUAAAGUGGGCAAGCCUAAAAUCCCAGAACCGAAACCGGAUUUCGAUUUGAAAACCAUAGUCGAUACGUUAUCUACCGUGGGCGAGUUACUCGUCUUUAACACAGAUGAGAGCCCCUACCUCGGCAGUAAAACCAAGGUACCGGCCUACGUGCCGAAUGUUGCCAGUGCCGAAAAUAGGAGUUUGUUGGAAGAAGCGCCUUCCUCUAUCAUGAAAAGAGAGCACUUGAAGAGAGAAAUCGAUGAAUACAUGUACGCGCCUGGGAUGGGGAUGGUCCCUGAACUGGAAAUGCCUACAGAUCUACCGGAUCUACCGGGCAUAGCUGGCGAUGUCCAAUUCUCCAUAGCCCAAGACGGCUCCAUAGCACCAUCCGCCGUUACCUCCCCUGUGGCGCCCGUUAAAGAAUUAAUAGAUCCUGAUCUACCAGAUCUAGCUGAUCUACCGGAUGUGAAAGAUCUGCCUGAUAUAAAGGAUCUGCCGGAUAUAAAAGAUCUGCCUUGUGUGAAUCUGCCGGAUGUGUCAGUGCCGAAUGUGCCGGCGGUGGAAUUGGGUGCGAGGGACUUGCCGCUUCCGCCUCCGCCGCCUCCUCCGCCGCCGCCGAUGCAGCCGCUCACACCGAAGGAGACUCCCACCAAAAGGUCUGAAGCCAGAGAAGCCCCUGCGCCAACUGGGGACGCCCACUCGAGCCUGAUGGCCGCUAUACGACAGGCCGGGGGCGCUGGUCGAGCCAAGCUGCGGCCGGCUGCCUCUUCCACUCCUACCAAGCCUGGAUCUGGCGGCGACCUGAUGGCGGACCUGCACGCCAAGCUCUCCAUGCGGCGGCGCGGCAUCUCCGGCGCCGAGCGGCACGGGGGCUCCGUGCUCCACACCCUGGCCAGCGUCAUCCCUGAGCCCGGAGAGUCCACGCCGCAGGCCUCUUCUAGCGGCGAGGAGUGGGAGUAAGACAACAAUAGUUACAGCAUCAAGACGACA